AUGAAUGUGAGAGGAAAGCCAGGCACAAGAAAUUCCACGUCAGUCAAAAAUCAGACCUCUGUAAGGGAGUUCAUUUUGCUCGGGUUUUCUCAUGUUCCUGAUGUGCUGCAGGGCUGGCUCUUUGUAGGGGUGGGUGCUGCUUACAUGCUGAUCCUACUGGGCAACAGCUUAAUUAUUUUCAUCACACUGGUGGAUGCUGCCCUCCACACCCCCAUGUAUUUCUUCCUGAGAAACCUCUCCUUCCUGGAGAUCUGCUAUGCUUCAGUCACCAUUCCGAGGAUGCUGUUCAACCUACUGGUGGGGAGCAAAGCCAUUUCCAUUCUGGGCUGUGCUGCACAGGUGUAUUUCUUCCAUUCCUUCGGUAUAUCGGAGUGUUUCCUCCUUCUAGCCAUGGCGUACGACCGAUGUGUUGCCAUUUGCUGCCCCCUGCGCUACACGCUUAUUAUGAGCAGAAGCCUUUGCCUGCAGAUGGUAGCUGUGUCCUGGGCUGCAGGCUCCCUGGUGUCCUCAGGGCAUGCCUCUUUAGUGUUUACUUUACCCUACUGUGGGCCAAAUGAAAUUGACCAUUUCUUCUGUGAUAUCCCUCCUGUGCUGAAGCUGGCCUGUGCAGAUACCUACAGGAGUGAGACUGAAUUGUUCAUCCUCAUUAUUCUACUGGCCAUAGUCCCCUCAUUCCUGAUCCUGGUAUCCUACAGUCAGAUCGUCUCCACCAUCCUGAAGAUGCCCUCGACAGAAGGGAAGCAUAAAGCCUUCUCCACCUGCUCCUCUCACCUUAUUGUGGUGACCCUCUUCCUGGGCACAGGGGGUGUUGUUUACUUGCAGCCCAAGUCCAGCUCUUAUGUGGAAAGCAACAAGCUGCUCUCCCUGCUCUACACUGUUGUGACACCGAUGUUGAACCCCAUUGUCUAUGGCUUGAGAAAUGAGAAGCUGAAAGGAGCCCUAAGGAAAUCAUGCAGAAAAAUCUACUUCUGGGCUGGAAGGCACCUCAGAAAGUCAUCAGAUCCAGCUCCCCUGCACUGA